GCGGUGGAAUUCAACUUUUAUGGCUGUUGACAGAAUUCUUCAAAUUUGCAAAGAAGCAGGAGAAGGCGCACUUCGGAAUAUAUGCACCUCUCUUGAGGUUCCAAUGUUUAAUCCAGCAGAAAUGCUGUUCUUGACAGAGUGGGCCAACACAAUGCGUCCAGUUGCAAAAGUACUCGACAUCUUGCAAGCGGAAACGAAUACACAGCUGGGGUGGCUGCUGCCUAGUGUCCAUCAGUUAAGCUUGAAACUUCAGCGACUCCACCAUUCUCUCAGGUACUGUGACCCACUUGUGGAUGCCCUACAACAAGGAAUCCAAACACGAUUCAAGCAUAUGUUUGAAGAUCCUGAGAUCAUAGCAGCUGCCAUCCUUCUCCCUAAAUUUCGGACCUCUUGGACAAAUGAUGAAACCAUCAUAAAACGAGGCAUGGACUACAUCAGAGUGCAUCUGGAGCCUUUGGACCACAAGAAGGAAUUGGCCAACAGUUCAUCUGAUGAUGAAGAUUUUUUCGCUUCUUUGAAACCGACAACACAUGAAGCCAGCAAAGAGUUGGAUGGAUAUCUGGCCUGUGUUUCAGACACCAGGGAGUCUCUGCUCACGUUUCCUGCUAUUUGCAGCCUCUCUAUCAAGACUAAUACACCUCUUCCCGCAUCGGCUGCCUGUGAGAGGCUUUUCAGCACUGCAGGAUUGCUUUUCAGCCCCAAAAGAGCUAGGCUUGACACUAACAAUUUUGAGAAUCAGCUUCUACUGAAGUUAAAUCUGAGGUUUUACAACUUUGAGUAG